AUGUCGAAAUAUCUAGAAAUCCCGGAGAAAGCGAUGACUCCGAUGUGUUUGCACAAAGAGACCACAUUUUAUGUGCUUGAAGAGCACCUCCAUAGCCUUCUUUCAUUCGAAGACUAUCCAAAUGGUAGUUCUAAAGGACAAGAGGAGAAAUUGAUUCAGAAGUUGAUGGAUACUAAACGGAAGAAUUUCAGAAUGUACGGAUCAGCCGCUGAGCUUGCAGAGAAUAUGAAGAUUUAUCGGCAAUUCCCGGAAAGUCAUCUAUAUUUCAAUACGGAUGUCGACACGUAUCAAGUGGAUCCGAUCGUCUAUCAAAGUCUGAAAAACGAGAAAUAUCUCUGCAAAUCGGAUCUUUUCCCGAUUCUCCAGAAUAUGCUGAUGGGUUUGGAUGAGCAAUUUACGAUUGAAAUCGUUUCUAUCAUUGCGUAUUAUUUGAAAAUCCAAGAGGAACGAGUCAAUGGGAAAGUGGAAUUCGUGCGGGUCGAUGAGAAGUUGUUGGAGGAUAUCUCGAAGGAAUUGGGAGAGGAGAUGGCGAAACAUGAUUUAACUGCACAGUCUUUCCAACUGGCUCCACUUUUGGCAAUACUUGACUUCAAUCAAAGCUUCCAAAUAAUCCAACGCUUAUGCCCGGAAAUCUGGAAUGACAGAAAACACCACCGUGUGCAUGAGCUCAUCACGUCGUCUUGCAACGAGUUACCACCGGAAACGCGUCCAGUCGUUUUCUCGAUUAUUGCUAAAUUAGUCUUCAAAUCGCUUCAAUCACUUGAAAAUGUCAUUGGAAAGCACCCGGAACUGUUCCUACCGUAUUCUGAGACCGAGAAUAAUAGUAUGCCAGUGACAGUGAGAAUGUUUGAGGAUGGAGACCAGAGAUUUGUGAUGAACGCGGAACUUUCGGAUGCAUUGAGUCGUCGUUUGGAUUGGGAGGAUGAUACGAACACCCGUUUCACCCUGAAUAUGGGAGACGUGCUGGAAAAAUAUGGAAAUGAGAAGAUUGAGUUCAUUCGCUACCCGAUUCGACGUGCCAAACACCGUGCUGUCCCUAUCAAAGCGGGCGGUCCCAACGACUUUUUCAUUCUCGCCGUCGACGCGUUCUUCGAAUUAAUGACCGAUCUUAUACUGGGCGCUCAAAUAUUCCAGAACAACUAUAUUGGACGGUUCUCGUUGAUUUUUCAUGAAUUGGAGAAAUUUUUCAAGCCGGAUUGUAUGGAGCCAUAUUUCAUCCGGACACAAGUCUCUGAACUAAUGAAGAGAUUGAUGCAAACGGUGACUGUAAACGAUGAUGAGAAAUCUCCUGUGAAAUGUAUUCGAAAUGCGAAACCAGAUGGAUUCAGUCUUCAGAAUUUGAAGAACGAGCUGAAAUACUUGGAACUGGAUAAUAGCUUCCCUGAAAUCGAGGAGCAUGCUGAAAUUGUCUAUGAGCAUGUGGAUAGUGUGAAGAAGGAGGAAUUUCUAAGAACUUGUGAUUUGUUUGAUGCAAUUGAGCACUGCCAGCUGAUUUGUAUGCUCAAUAGAAUUCCGAAUCUCAAAAAGUUCCUUCACAAUCAAAAAGGAUGCGGAAGAGUUCAAGGACUGAAUUGUGACGAAUGUGACAAGGAGGAGAGUCCCAAUAAACAAUAA